CGCCCCCGCUGACAUCCGGAGCUGCAGCGCGCAGUGCCUCCAGCGCUCGAGCCAGGGCCGGGGGCUGUGGGGGGCUUUUUUGGGAGGGAAGGUUGCGCGCGCGCGUGCCUGCACGGCCGGCCAUGGGCACGCGCCUCGGCCGCUCGGGAUACGGGAUACAGUAACGGACGGAGGAGGAGCGGAGGACGGCAGACGGCGCAAGAGCGAGGGAGGAGCGCGCGCCGGUGAAGAUGCGCGCGGACCACGGCUUCAUUUUGCUGCUCCUGAACGGGACGGCGUGCUUGCUGGCUCUGGGACAGGAAGAUCUGCACUCCUCCUCUUCCUCUUCUCUGAGUACAAAGACCUCAUCCCCGGCGGAUUCCUCUAAGACUCUGGGUGUGCUCGGCAGUCAGGGCUCCGUCUCGCCCCUCGGCCGCUGGGUACUGCACAGCCGGGGACGGGCAGCCAACGCUUCGGCGCUGGAGCUGCCGUACCGCUCACCUGUGCCCUUUUCCAAGCAGGAGUUCUGGGAAAUGCUGGGGAGCGACUUGCUCAAGCAAGACUCCACCGUCGACAACGAUCCCUCUGGGAACUCGAGGGUCAAGAGGCGGCCCAUCGUCAAGACGGGAAAGUUCAAGAAGAUGUUCGGCUGGGGCGACUUCUACUCCAACAUCAAGACGGUGCGCCUCAACCUGCUCAUCACGGGCAAGAUCGUGGACCACGGCAAUGGGACAUUUAGCGUCUACUUCCGCCACAACUCCACCGGGCAGGGCAACAUCUCCGUCAGCCUGGUGCCCCCAGUCAAGGCGGUGGAGUUCGACCUGGAGCGCCAGAGUGUGGUCUACCCCAAGGACUCUAAGAUAUUCAACUGCCGGGUGGACUAUGAAAAGGUGGACCGCAGCAAGCGCACCUCACUGUGCAACUACGAUCCAUCCAAGACCUGCUUCCAGGAGCAGACGCAGAGCCACGUCUCCUGGAUCUGCUCCAAGCCCUUCAAGGUCAUCUGCAUCUACAUCUCCUUCUACAGCACGGACUACAGGCUUGUGCAGAAAGUCUGCCCAGACUACAACUACCACAACGAGAUGCCCUACCUUCCCUCUGGAUAGAGGUGGAAUGGAGGGAGGGUGGAAUGGACAGAAAGACGGGAAUAGGAUCUGAGAAGAAGUGAGGAGAAGGCUGAACAACCAGGGAUGAGGGAUGGCACGAUAUAUGGAGGGAGAAAGAAAGGAAAACAGCUGGCGUUUUGGAUGUUGUAAGUGGUGUUUGUUCGCUUACAAAAUCAGAUGUGGACACAAAUUCUAUAAAGGGUAACAAAAGUUCUCCUCAGAGUGUAAAAGACUGUAGAAUUCCCUGCCCAACACUGCGGAGAAUCUUACACGAGAAACCUCUCUGGAACAGGAAUCCCUUCCCAAACUGAGCAUUUUUUUCCCAUGGAUUGUGUUUGAUCAUCUGUAAUAUUACCAAGGUGAAUGUAAGGCAUUUUUGCUCUUGUGAUAAAUGUCUUGAAGAACCUCUCUGAGAAACCUGACAAAUGUGACCUGCAAAAAUCUAUAUAUGCAAACCAAGCUUGUCUAGCACAGGUACACGGUCGAGAGCACAUACUAACGCGAGGUCACGGUUACUGGCAACUCCCACCAGAGUGAUUUUAAUGGGCACACACUUGAGGUAAAAAAAAAGAGAAAGUGAUUAACAAGUGGAGGAACGACCAUGUUGAUUUCCAUACCAAUGUUACCCCUAACACUUCACCCUACCCACUAGCUUUAGACCCACAAAAAAGAGGGGUAGUGCUAAGUGGUAGAGGCAAGAGAUAAAAAAAAUGGAAUUGGGCCUUGAACCAUUUAUCAAGGCAGGGAAGAAAAGGUACAUUUUGAAAAAGUAGGAAAGAGACAGCGAAAGAAAGAAGCCAAAAGUAAGUAGGGACUUCUGUGAGCUCUUUAAUUAAAAUAAAGCAGUGAGACAUUGAGCGAGAUGUUGAGCAUGAAUCGAACUGCUUAGUCUAUUGUUCUGGCCGAUGCAAGAACGAGGGAAGAAAAAGAUGACGGUAAAGAUUUUUGUUGCGAUUUCGCAGAAUGAUAAGUUUCAACCGUUGAGCGCGAGUUUGCUCCGUCCUUCUGCGAGGCAGCCUUUUUCUCCCCCGCUUGAGUCGAGCCCCGUUAUCUCUGAUUAAAAAGAGAAAUAUUAUUACGAUUAUUAUGCAUAAUUUAAUUACACUUAAUUAAAGAGCCGGCUAAAUGAAUUUGCUAGUGGUGGAUUCUGGGAUGCAUUUGGUCUAGGAGAUGUUUCUGAAGCCAAAUUACCGCAUUAGAUAAACAGCAGUCAAGUUGACCUUCUGUAACGACGUGAUUUAAUGAUGAUUACUCUUAACGAAAAAGUCGUAAAGUCAUUAAAAGCAUUAAAUACAUACAUAAGUACACGGAAGAAAUCCCUUUUUUUAAUUUUAAGAGCAAGGCCGUGUCAACCAGGCUGGUUAACGUGUGGACAGUAGAUGAGAACUUGGGCAAGGACAGAAAUAUAAGCGUCAAAAACGAAGGAUGGAAGGAAGGAAGGAACAAAGAAAAAUGUAGGGUAGGAUAAUGUGAAGAAGUGGGAGGACUGUAAAGGUGUGCUCUGACACGAGGAUACAGUACGUUCUGGGGAAGAAAAGGGAAGGAACGAGGGCUGACUGAGGAAAGAUUGAGGGUUGGAGAAGCUUCCAGACGAAGAAGCAAAAGAAAAAGAAGAAGAAGCAGCCGCUAGUUAAACAGAGGCGGAUGAGGUAUAGGCAUAAAAGCAAGGCUAAGAACAGGAGAAAUUACACAACGAUGGGGACGUCAGCGAGGAGAUGAAAAAGAGAACGAGAGAAAAGCGGCAAGAGAAAGAGGGUGAAGAAUAAAAGAAAAGGAAAAGGAGAAAGAGAGGGAAAAAAACCUUAAAAAACAAACUUGCGAUGCUAAAUGCGGUAACAUAAAAGCACAAUGUGGAACAUCUAAGCGUUUCCCUGUUUGAUUCACUGCAGGAGAGCGAGCGAGCAAAAGAGAGAGAGAGAGAAAGAGCAAGAAAGAGAAAAGAGAGAGAGAGGCAAAGGCAAAGAAAGAAAAGGAAAAAAAGAGCGAGAGAGAGAGAGGGAGGUUUUAUGGAGCUCAUAACUAAAAACAUCCCUAGCCUGAAGUUAAAGCCGGCGUGGUGAAUCCGUCCCCACAGGCCCUCACAUUAGCGCUGUUAUAAAGGCAGGUACAUCCUGAAUGAUGACUGUUUAUGCUCAGUCAUAAAGCCCCCUACUCUCUCCAUUUCUCUUCCUCUAAUCUUCACGUCGUCUUUGGUUUUUUUUUUUUUUUCUCGCUUUACGUAGGCUCUAUAGAAGCUCUUGUGAUACCAAAUCCUCAGGUUGAGUGGGCUGCACUAGAAAGAACAGAACUCGUUUUUCGGCAGUGAACUAUAUGUAAAUUAAUAAGACAAAAAAAUAA